AUGCGUAGACCAUCCAAACUUGAUGAAUUAGAAACUGUGUUACAACAUACCCAAAUGGAUAAAGAAAUCACGAAGGAGAGACAAGAACUUAGCACUGAAGAUAAAAACACUGACUAUGGAAAAUUAUCUUUAGAAGCGGUAGCUGCUGACAGUUCGCUCAGGUUAUUAUCUGAUGUAGCCCAAGCUGUGAAAGGCCGCGGUACUAUAACAUGGAUAGAUUGCGGUGAUUCAGAAAGCCGAAAACUAUGCAAGAAGAUGAAGGUUGAUCCUAGUUUGAAAGAGAAAGGGAUAGAAUUACUACACUACAAAGAUGGUGCAUUUCACACUGAAUAUAACAGAGCAUUUACACUGAAGUCACUGGUUGCCUUUCUAAAGGAUCCUGAAGGAGCUCCAUUGUGGGAGGAAGAUCCUGAAGCCAAAGAUGUUGCCCAUAUUGACAGUGAAAAGGAACUGAAAAGACUUCUGAAGAAAGAAGAUAAACCUGUUCUGCUGAUGUUCUAUGCCCCUUGGUGUGGAGUUUGCAAAAGAAUGAUGCCAGCUUUCCAACAAGCAUCCACUGAACUGAAGGGCAUGUAUGUACUUGCAGGGAUGAAUGUCUACUCAUCUGAAUUCGAAAAAAUAAAAGAAGAAUACAAUGUCCGGGGAUAUCCAACAAUAUGCUACUUUGAAAAGGGGAAAUUCCUGUUUAAUUUUGAAAACUAUGGUGCUACAGCAAAGGACAUUGGAGAAUGGCUGCAAAAUCCUCAGCCACCUAAGCCACAGGCUCCUGAGACUCCUUGGUCAGAAGAGGAAAAUGCUGUUUUUCACCUAACAGAUGAUGAUUUUGACAAGUUUAUCAAGGAACAUUCUUCUGUAUUAGUGAUGUUCUAUGCACCAUGGUGUGGCCAUUGUAAGAAAAUGAAGCCAGAAUAUGAGAAAGCCGCAGAGAUGCUCCAUGCAGACAGUGAUAAACCAGGUGUUUUGGCAGCAGUAGAUGCAACUGUCAACAAAGCUGUGGCAGAAAAAUUUCACAUAUCAGGAUUUCCAACUGUCAAGUUCUUUCAGGAUGGAGAAGAGAAAUACACCUUGCCUCAUCUCCGCACAAAGAGUAAAAUUGUGGAAUGGCUCUUAAAUCCUCAGGCACCUCCUCCACCUGAACCAACUUGGGAAGAAAAGCAAACAAGUGUUAACCAUCUUGCAGGUGAAGACUUCCGAGAAUUUCUGAAGAAAAAGAAGCACACUCUCGUAAUGUUUUAUGCUCCGUGGUGUCCACAUUGUAAGAACUCAAUUCCACAUUUCACAACAGCAGCAGAACUCUUUAAAGAAGAUCGUAAGAUUGCCUAUGCUGCAGUGGAUUGUGCCAAAGAACAAAACCAUGACUUGUGUAAGCAGGAAGGAGUGGAUGGAUAUCCUACCUUUAACUAUUAUAAUUAUGGAAAAUUUAUAGAAAAAUACAAUGGAGACAGAGGGGAAUCUGGAUUUUCGGUUUACAUGCGAACUCUCCGAGAGCGAGAUCAUGAGAAGAUAGGGAAGAAAAAAGAUGAAUUGUAAUUUCUGCCUCAAAAAGAAACAAAAAAAAAACCAAUUCCACUGCACUGUGAAGGGUCUCAGGGUCACUGGUACAAUGCCUGAGAUUAUACAUCUUUUAAAGAACAAACUUUGUUUUUAUAGACCGUCAUUGCCAUUUUCUACAACUUUGAAAAUAUAUUGAAAUCAUUCUCUCUUUUUUUUUUUUAAAGAAAAAUACCGUCAUUGUUGCCAUAUUCUGUUAUGGAGAAGAACAAAAGAAGAGCAAUUUCUUGCUGUUCAGUGCACCUAUGCCCACUGAUACUCCUAUGCAAUCUUUUUGUAAUCUGUAGAUUUGAUAGUGAUUUCCUCCGACAAAGUAAUCUUUGUGUGUGUGUGUUUUUUUAAUUUUGAAAAGAGAUUUUAUGAAAAAUGGCUUUUAAAAAUGGGAAGGGGGAAAUAAAAGAAGAUGCAAAAGUAUUCAUCAGAUGCAAGUUCAAUUAGGGGAGGUAGAACAUGCUGGUCCCCUCAGAGGCUUCAGCCCAAAGGUUCUUCAAGGGCAGUUUUACAGGGCACGUGUGCCUGGCACUUAUUUUCAGGACCCAUUUUGGGAUAAAGGGGCACUUUCAGUCCAGGGAGUCCAUGUUCUGCACAAUGUCACUUUGUGUAGUUGAUGGGGCAUCCGCAAGAACAAGGCACCAUGGCAGGAUUGAUACAAUUUAGGGGCUGAGGGAGGGAGAAUAACAUUUCCCGCCAUCAGUGGAGACGUUUCUAGCCACGUUCAAUUUUCCCAAACGUACAGCAUGUCUAGUUACGAUUAAGAUGUCCUCUUGCCAACUUGCAAAGAUUAUGCUUCUUCUCCCCCUCUCCCUGCCCCCCAUCCCCGAUUAAUGUGGGAGAGUCAUUUUUAAGAUGCUCAGGGAAAAUAGGAAAUAAUGAAGCAGCAUUGGGCCAUUUCAGAUCUUAAUUGACUGUAGUGGUGUUUUACUUUUCCUCCUCUUCUUUUUGUAAUAUGCCGUACCUGAAUUGUUUACAUAUCUUUAUAGAAUGUAUGAUUGAUUAAAAUCAAUGUCUCUGCUGCAGUACUCAUCAAGUAUGAAAAUGACUCUCGGUGUAUGUGUUGACAUUCAUGUUGUCAGAUGCUCCUUUAGGUGUAGUGCAGGUAGAGGCUUCUAUUUAAUUUAUGACAACAACUGAGUCUUUGCUAAGCAUUCCACCUGACUGUUUGACAGAGGCAUUGAUAUUUUUGAUAGGCAGAACCGUCAUGCAACUAUAUGUAUUUAUGUCCCAAAGGCUUGUCUGUAUGUGGAUAUUAAAAGAAGCAUAACUUUUUAAGAGCUCUAUAGAAACAGGUCAUACUUUUUAAAAAAACAACAACAACAACAACGCACCACUUGCCUGGCCCUGUCAGCAGUGUAAAGAAAAUACAGCAUUAGAACCAGCUUUUACAAGUCUGUAAUUUGUGUGCUGAUUCUGUGAAGGUGAUCUGGACACUGUGUCUUUAUGGGUUUAUGGUUAUUAUUUUUGUGAUUUUUGAAUUGGAUCCAAAAAUAAAAAGAUUGGAAAUAUGUGA